CUGCAUUUGCAUGUAUUCUAAUGGUACACAAACAUCAUUGCAAUAACUCACGCACAAACAAAAAAUUUUACCAAAUUUCCAAAUUUACACUCAUGCAGGUCUCAGGCAUCCACACCUUUUUCGUAAUCCUUUCCAUGUCCCCUCGGUCGAAGCGGGACUCUCAAUGUUGGCGAACCCACGCAAGAGUCAUCUGUUUUCAGUCAAGAUGAUGCGCAUCGACACUGUCGCAGGAUUGCUCACUACUGCACUCUCCAGGACAUAUCCCCCACUCAUUCCACCACAUAUUCAGGAAAUGUUUCAGAAUCCCAACGGCCGCUUCUUUUUCGAAUUGUUGGGCAUGCUUCCUGAAUUGAAUCGAUACCUUUUUGUUGAAAUUCUUGAUCUUUGCUGUGCUUUGGUUGAUCAGCAAGCAUUCAAUCAAAUCUCCCACAGCAAACUAGCUGUCUUCCCUGGAUCAUGCUGUUUUGGUCUUAAUGAAUUCAAACCCAACUGGGACACUCGACAUUUGAUGGGGGCUGACCUUCGCCGGUUCUCAAGCGCAUUUUACCAUGCAAUCUACGCAUACCGUGAGGAGCGUGACUUGACUGAAGAGCAACUUCAAGAGAAAUUGGAUACGCGCGCCAGAGUCUUGGAACAGGAGCGAAUCGCUGCACUGGAGCGCGAGCAUGGAUACAAAGGUGCUCAAGCUAUUUUGAGAAUGGAGGCUAGAAUUGCACAAGGUCUGCCUGCGGAGUCACCCAACACUAUGAAGGAGAUUGAUCUUUAUGCUGACAGGAAAGAGAAGGUAGUUGCAGAUGAUGCCAUUUCUAUUCUGGAUAUCAAACUUGGUGAAGAUGACGAUGAAGACGGCUCGAAGGUCCCAGGUUUGGCUCACAUCCGGGAAGAAGAUGAGGAGCCAGAGGUCGAGAAUGUACAGGCAGUUAUUCGAGAUUUGCGAAGGAGUGUCUCAGUGGCAUCGCUUGGAAAGUCCACAUACGAGAAUCAACCUCGGCUCCCCAUAUCUCCUCCCCCCGCACUUUCACUCGCAGUCUCAACUUCGGGGCGCAAGGGAUACAUGUCACCCGUCUCACCAAUAUCACCCACUACUCCCAUGUCACCCAAAUCUAUCUUUUCAGGCACUGGUUUCUUGUCACGAUCCAACACUCUUGCACGGUCUGUCUCGCUCAAGCUUCACCCUGUCUCACCCGGUGACAUUUUUGGUAUCAGCCAACGUGCGGUUGAGAAGCGUGAACUUGAGGGCUUCUUGGCUGUGGCUCGUACGGUCACUGUGAAGAGACGCAGAACAGCCUUUAAUAAGAGGGCGCUUCAGCAGCGCCAGGCGCACAAAAUGCGUAUCCUAGCAGCAGCAGCACCAACCUCAAAUCAAAUUCGCCCCUUAUUGGUAGCCACUAUCUCGACAAAAUCGAUCCGAACUCUUCGUCGGCAUCAUCGUUCCCAUAAUACCACUACUGUCACUCCGUUGUCUGGCACAAGCAUGCAGGGCUGCCCUCCCGUCCCCACUGCUGCGGCUCUUCGUCGUGAACGCGCCAAAAAGUUCCGCAAAGAAAUUGAGGCCUAUAAGGCGAAGGGUCUUUCGCUCGAUGAAGCCAUUCAAGCUCGUGAUGCAGAUAUAAAGCAAGCUCGACGUCGUGAGCGACGCGCCAAGCGGGCUGCUCAGGCCAAGGCAGAAGCAGAGCGUGAAGCAGCAGCAGCAGCAGCAGUGGCAGGCGCCAUUGCCCAGCACGGUGGACUGAUCAUUGGUGAAGGUAUAGAGUUGACAUCGGAGGAGGCUGAGAUUCUAGAGGCGUUUGAUUACCUAAGCGACGAGGAGUUUCAAGAAUUCAAGGAGUUGGCCGGAUUGACGGACGAAAAUAUCAAGGCCAUUCAAGCCAAGGCCGCAGCUCUCUCGUUAAGCAAGGUUACCCAGGAGAUUAAAACCGCACCCAUCCCUGUAAUCUCGGAGAGCGUGCAAAUGAAGAGAAACAGCUUCAUUCCGGCUCAGACUACAGUUGUUGACACACUAUCUGAGCAGACUCCUGUGGAAGAAAGCGAAACCACGAGCCCCCAUACCACUGACGACGUUGACGCACAAGGCAGCAGCAACAACCGACCUUUUAAUAUCCGACACAUGACUUCAAUGGACAUGAUGUUUAAGCACGCAUCUGUAGUAGGUGAUGCUAAUCUGCGUCUGUAUCCAACACGUCCCUCGAGCCCUACAAUUUCAGACUAUGAAUCUGACUCUAUGCACGGAGGCCUUCUCUCGCGUGCAGCGUCCGUAAUGCGAAGUCGUAUGUACAACGAUGACAGCGAAGAAGUCGAAGAUGACAAUAACACUGGUGACGAUGAAGAUAGCAAUUCGGACUGCGCUAGUCCUUCAGCCUCUACCCUCCUCCAGCCGGCUACAUUAGCGCCCCCUGCGAUCCCAUAUACGACGCGCCCUAACGCCACCUUGAAGGAUGACGCGCAAGAAGUUCAGGAGGAGAUUGAUAGCCACCAACACCAUUUGGUACAGCAGCAACAAAGCAACAGUUCAUUCGUAUUCGAGGUUGAGGAGACUGUUGAGUCUGAAGAGGAGGCUGAGCUCCGUGAGUUGCUCGAGUCCAUGUCUCCGGAAGAACGAACCGAGUUCUUGCGUCUGUCGAAUCAAGAGGCGAUGGGCAUGUCCAUGGCUUCAAGUGUGCUUGUCCAUCCUUAAAAAAAAGAGAUUUUUUUUUUCUAACCCAAUUUCUACACCCAUUUUAAUCAGCUAAUUACUCGUAAUGCCUUUAAUACUGUUCAUAGUCAGAUUCCCCCCUUUCAUAUUUUUAUUUUUUCAUCCCUCUCAAAUUUAACGAAAGUGCUGUGAUUGUAAAAGUGAUGUUUUCUUUUCACACAGCUCCGCCAAUUUUAUCCUUUUGUUCUCUUAAUGACACCACGAAAAAAAAAA